AUGGACCACGCGGCGGAGGCGCAGCGGACGGACCUGAUGACGAUCACGCGGCACGCGCUGAACGAGCAGGGGCGGCACCCGGAGUCCCGGGGCGACUUCACCAUCCUCCUCUCCCACAUCGUCCUCGGCUGCAAGUUCGUCGCCUCCGCCGUCAACAAGGCCGGCCUCGCCAAGCUCAUCGGCCUCGCCGGCGAGACCAACGUCCAGGGCGAGCAGGGGGAGGAGCAGAAGAAGCUGGACGUGCUCUCCAACGAGGUCUUUGUCAAGGCGCUCGUCAGCAGCGGCCGCACCUGUGUCCUCGUGUCUGAAGAGAACGAGGCGGCCAUCUUCGUCGACGCGCCCCUCCGCGGGAAGUACUGCGUGUGCUUCGAUCCGCUGGACGGCUCCUCCAACAUCGACUGCGGCGUCUCCAUCGGGACGAUCUUUGGGAUCUACAUGAUCAAAGACAAGGACAACGCGACUCUGGAGGACGUGCUGCAACCCGGGACUGACAUGAUCGCCGCUGGCUACUGCAUGUACGGGAGCUCAUGCACGCUUGUGUUGAGCACCGGGAACGGUGUUAAUGGCUUCACUCUUGAUCCUUCCCUUGGGGAGUUCAUACUUACCCAUCCCAACAUAAAGAUACCAAACAAAGGGAAGAUCUAUUCGGUCAAUGAAGGGAACGCCAGAAACUGGGACGCGCCCACAGCAAAGUACGUGGAGAGAUGCAAGUUUCCCCAAGACGGCUCAUCACCAAAAUCCUUGAGAUACAUUGGAAGCAUGGUUGCCGAUGUUCAUCGUACCCUGCUCUACGGAGGCAUAUUUCUGUACCCCGCCGACAAGAAGAGCCCCAACGGGAAGCUUCGUGUUCUGUACGAGGUUUUCCCCAUGUCGUUCCUGAUGGAGCAAGCCGGAGGCCAGUCUUUCACCGGCAAACAGCGUGCCCUUGAAAUCGUUCCUGCUGAGAUACACCAGAGGUCUCCGAUAUUCCUCGGGAGCUACGAUGAUGUGGAGGAGAUUAAAUCACUGUACGCUUCGGAGUCGAGCACCGCCUGA